GAGUUGUGGGAAAAUCAUUUCCUUUUGCAUAACGCACGUCCAUACCCACAUACUAAAUGCUAGAGAAGGAGCGGCAACUCGUCCGUUUAGACGUCAUGUGUUGCCAUUUAAUUCGUAUACAGUAAACAGACACAAACGAGGAUAUUUUCAAAUUAAUUUUUUUGGGGUGUUCCAAAAGAAAGAAAUUUGGUAAAUUCCAUUUGCAGGACAUCGCUGUUCCUUGGAAGUUUCGAAUUUCUGCGUGCAUUGUGGGAUAGCAGUGACAUCAUCACCAUCAUUUGCAUACCAAACUGAACGUUGAACGCCAUUUUGAUAAGACAACUUUUACGUUGCACACAAAACAGCAAAUCGGAAAUUUAUCUUUAGUCAUCCGUCCCGAUAAACUUAUUGUAAUCUUCUGUUUAUCAUCUUAAAUUAUAACCCAUCAGAACGGGCCGGUAUUUUAACGGACCGUUCAUAGGGUAUAAUAUCAGAAAAAUUUCAAUGAACGCCUUGGCAAGAUGUCCUCACUCUCGGGGCUAGGUAAUAAAGGGGAGAAAGGAAAGGGAAAAUUUACAUCUAUUAACAUAAAUAAUAUAUACAAAGGAAAGAGCGUUGAGACACAGAAAUCAACAGUUACUCGUCAGCAUGGGUUACAAAGUUUGGGUAAAGUGGGCAGUGUGCGUCGAAUGCCUCCACCUGCAAAUCUCCCAAGUUUAAAAAGCGAAAAUAGUGGUAACGAUCCUAGCAUCAAUUUAGUACCAUCUGGCGGUUCAGGAUGGGGAACAAAGGAGAAGGAUUCCAGUGGAACUCAGCAGCAGUCGUCGCAGCCGCAGCCGGCUACUACAGUACCUUCGGGGCAAGUCAUCAACAAGCAAGUGAACACAUCUGGGGCAACCAUAAACAGUACUGGGGUCAAGUCAUGGAGCAGUGUCACUGUUGGGGAAACUUCACAAAGUGGAAUAUUGAGCCACCAAUCGCCAUUAUUUCACGAAGAAUUCCCAAAGCUUGCUCCUGGUGGGGAAGAAGAAAAAAAAGAAGUGAAAGAAGAGCCUGGAAAAGACACCCAAUUUGGUCCAGGACCAAAUUUACGACCUCAAAAUAUUGCCAAUUGGCGCGAAGGCAGCACUCGUGGUGCUAUACAGUCACAGCAAACGCCAGAAAAUCAAAUUUCUUCUUCACAAGUUCCGAAUGUGACUUCUCAAAUAAAUGGCCCCCAGAUGUUAGGUGGAACCGAGGUUCCUCCUCAACCGGUACCACCUCGGCCAGGCUCUUCAAAUCAAGGACCUGGCCCCGGUGUCGUACCACCACUUGGACCUCAUAUGGGCUUAACUAAUCCACCCAAUCAGUACCGCAGUAUGUUGCCUCAUUAUCUAUAUCGUGGGAACUUCCCUCAAGGCCCACCACCAGGUCCAGGUACAUAUCCUCCAAAUUUUCCUCCUGUUCCACGGCAACCAGCUCCAUAUUAUGAUGGAAGGUUCCCGAGAGUUCCCCCUCCAAAUGUUCAAGCACAAAGGCCAGCAAAUGAAACUGACAAUGAGAACUACAAACGACCUGCUAUUAUUAAAGAUCGUGAUCUCAAAGAAUUUGAUGAAAUUUUGCGUAAUGACCCAACUGAUGGUGGUUGGGCUGGAGCUCAAGGGGAGAUAGACUACAGUGAAAAGCUGGUCUUCAGUGAUGAUGAAGAGGGUGAGAAACAUGAAAGAAAUGAAGAGAAACGGGAAAAACACCGUGAAGCAAGGGAAAUACGUACUGAAGGAGGAAACUUGCGUGAAGCAAGAGAACAUAGAGAUCCACGUGAAACACGUGCUGAGAAUCGAGAUGCUCGCCAUGAUCCACGGGAAACACGUGGUGAACCAAGGGACAUUCGUCAUGAUCCACGAGAAAUUCGUGGUGAACCAAGGGAUAUUCGCCAUGAAAAUAGGGAAGUACGUGCUGAACCUAGAGACAUACGCCGCGAUAUGCGUGGUGAACCUAGGGACAUUAAUCUAGAUCACAUUCGUGAAACUAGAGAUGGGCGUGGAAAACCUAGAGAAAUUCGUUUUGAAGCUAGAGACAUGCGUGAAAAUAGGGAUAUAAGCGGUGAAAAUCGCGAUAUUCAUAUUGAACCCAGAGACAUUCGCCAUGAACCACGAGAAAUGCGUGGUGUAUCAAGAGAUAUUCGCAUGGAAGCAAGAGACUGCCGUCUUCAAUCCUCUAGGGAAAUUCGGCAUGAACCUAGAGAUCCUCUUCUUGAAUCUCCACGAGAACUGCGUCAUGGCAUGGAAACACCAAGAGCUAUAAGACAUGAAAAUCGAGAUCCUUGUCUUGAUCCAUCCAGGGACAUGCGCCACGAGUCAAGAGAUACUCAUCUUGACCCUACUCGUGACAUACGCCAUGAGCCAAGAGAUGCACGACUUGAACCAACAAGGAAUUUACGUCAUGAACCAAGAGAUAUACGCCUUGAACCAAAUAGAGGGAUUCGUCUUGAACCCAGAGAUUCAAGAUUAGAUUCAAAUAGAGAUAUCUGUCAUGAUAUGAGAGAUAAUCGCCUUGAUGCAACCAGAGACAUUCGACUUGAAGGUAGAGAUACCCGACAUGAACCAGCUAGAGAUAUUCGACUGGAUGGUAGAGAUUGUCGUAUUGAAACUACCAGAGACUCGCGUAUGGGAUCAAGAGAUAUCCGUCUUGAACCACGAGACAGGGAUAUCCGUGGUGAUUCUCGUGAAAUAAGAGAUGUCCGUGGAGAGACUAGAGAUAUACGAGAUACUCGUGGUGAUGCAAUGAACCUUCAGAAACCAAGAGAUGCAAUUCGUGAACUAAGAGAUGUCCGUGAGCAGAGAAAUGAUGUGCGUGCUGAACCAAGAGACAUAAGGGAACAGAGAGAUGCACGGGGAGAGCCUAGAGACAUGAGGGAACAGAGAGAUGCACGGGGAGAGCCUAGAGACAUAAGGGAACAGAGAGAUGCACGGGGAGAGCCUAGAGACAUGAGGGAACAGAGGGAUGCACGGGUGGAGCCAAGAGAUAUUAGGGAACAGAGAGAUGCACGAGUGGAGCCUAGAGACAUCAGGGAACAGAGAGAUGCACGUACUGAACCUCAUGACAAUAGAGAGCAGAGGGACGUACGGGCUGAGCCCAGAGACAUUAGAGAACCAAGAGAUGUUCGUAAUGAACCUCGUGAUAUUCGGGAGCAAAGAGGUGUGCUUGGUGAAGCACGUGACAUUCGCGAGCAAAGGGAUGUGCGUAGUGAAGUACGCGAUAUUAGAGAACAGAGAGACGUGCGUGGUGAAACACGUGACAUUCGUGAGCAAAGAGAUGUACGUGGCGAAGCACGCGACUUACGUGGGGAACCACAUGACAUUCGUGAUGUGCGUGUUGAACCCCGUGACAUUCGUGAUCAGCGGGAUGUACGUCCUGAGACACGAGACAUUUGCGAAACAAGGGAUGUACGUGCUGAACCACGUGACAUGCGUGAACCCAGGGAUCUGCGUACUGAACCACGUGAUAUUCGCGAACCAAGAGAUAUGCGUACUGAGCUGCGUGACAUUCGUGAGCCAAGGGAUGCACGUGCUGAAUCACGAGAUAUUCUAGAAGCAAGAGAUGUACGUGCUGAGCCACGGGAUAGUCGAGAAUCAAGAGAUGUGCGUCCUGAAUCCCGAGAUGUUCGUGAGCCGAGAGAUGUCUGUGCUGAGCCAAGAGACAUGCGUGAGCCACGGGAUGUCCGUGUUGAGCCACGGGAUGUUCGAACAGAGCCACGAGACCUUCAUGAACCUAGAGAUGUGCGUGCUGAGCCACGAGACAUUCGCCAGCCAAGGGAUGUGCGUGCUGAACCACGAGACAUUCGCCAGCCAAGGGAUGUGCGUGCUGAACCACGAGACAUUCGCCAGCCAAGGGAUGUGCGUGUUGAACCACGAGACAUUCACGAGCCAAGGGAUGUGCGUGCCGAACCACGAGACAUUCGUGAACAAAGGGAUGUUCGUACCGAGCCACGGGACAUUUGUGAAUCUAGGGAUGUACGUGCCGAGCCACGUGACAUUCGUGAGCCAAGAGAUAUGCGUGCUGAACCACGAGACAUUCGCCAGCCAAGGGAUGUGCGUGCUGAACCACGAGAUAUUCGCCAACCAAGGGAUGUACGUACUGAGCCACGAGACCUUCGUGAGCAGAGAGAUGUGCGUGCUGAACCAAGAGACAUUGGGCGUAAUGAGCCUCGAGACAUUCGUGAAACUAGGGAAUUGGUGCGUGGUGAGCCACGUGACAUUCGAGAACCCAGAGACAUGCGUGGAGAGACACGAGAUAUUCGUGAACCGAGGGACAUGGGGCGCGGAGAAACGAGAGACAUUCGUGAUGCUAGAGAUGUGCGCCCUGAAACCCGUGAGAUUCGUGAUCAGAGGGAUGUACGUGUUGAAUCUCAAGACAUACGUGAACCUAGAGAACCCCGAGGAGACUCACAAGAUGUUUGGGAAACAUGUGAUACUCGUAGUGAGACAAGAGACAUCCGGGAACCAAGAGAGGUUAUUUUAGAUUCCCGAGAUAUGAGAGAAAGUAGAGAUAUACGUGUUGAAAGCAGAGAUGCACGUGACCUAAGAGAUAGCAGGGAUUUACGAACUGAGACACACGAAGAUGGUAAAACUACCUCGGAAGAAAAUGACAGAGAUAAUCAUGAAAAACUUAAAGAUGAACACAGUCGGCCAUCUCAUAGAGAAAGUUGGGGUCAGGCUUUCCCCCCUCAACAUUAUAGAUCUAAUCAACCAAGACCCCCCAUUCCAGGAAUAGAACGUGGUUGGAAUCUUCAGAUGGCUUAUGAAUAUAUGGGUCAAAGGCCACCUUAUCCUGCAUUUAGAAUGGGCCCACCACAUCCACCUGGACAGAGACCUCAGUACACCCAUCCUAUCACUACGCGUCGAUCUGGAGAAGCUGAUGACGAAGAAAUCUGGAGGGAGCGCAGGCGACAGCGUAGUGAAGAAAUAAAUUUUGUUGUAGAAAGAACACGGCAGCGGCGUGAAGAGGAAGAAAGAAAAAUUGAAGCUGAAAGAAGAGCCACAUCAUCAGAAAAACUUAAAGCACCUGAUGACAGAAUGAAAAAGAAAGAUGAAAAGGAAAGAGAGGAAUCGGAUGGGCGAACUAGUCGUACACCUAGUGAAAGCAGUGAAAAAGAUGCACGCGAAAGAGCCCAUAGGGACUCUUCCAAAUAUCCAAUUGGUGGCCCACAAGCUCAGUUUUCUAAGCAUUAUGCAAAAAAUAUCCCACCAAGAUUCCAAAAACAAGUUCAGGAACAAAUGAUGCGCCAGCAGCCUUCAAACCAACCUCAGCCCUCACAAAUUCAGCCUCCACAGUCACCAUCUUCUCAACAAUUACCACCCCCCCAAUCAGCCCCACCCCCGACACUUCCCCUUGCCCAUCCCCAACCCCCUUCACUGCAACCACAGCCUCAGUUGCCCCAACAACCACCUUCUCCUCAACAACAACCACCCCAGCAACCACAGCCUCCUCCACCCCAACCUCAGCAACCACCACAGCAACAGCAGCCACCUCCACAGCCACAGCAGCAGCAACAACCUCCUCAACAUCAAGGUAUGCGUCCAGGCCAAGGACCACCACCACCAUGGGCUCUGUAUGAGCUGAGGCAAACAUGGGGUGCUAUGCCAGCUCCUCCAACACCAGCUUUUAUUGAUCCACGUUUUGCUCCUAGACCUCCAAUGGAUAUGCAGGCAUUACCAGUUUAUCCAGUUAGGCGGCGUACUGAUAGUCAUGGCUCAGGAACUGAGAGUCAUGACAGUGAAAGCAGAACUCCUGAUAUGUAUGAACGAGAAUCUCGCUCCUGGAUGGAAAGGAGCUACCCUUUGCCUCCUGCUCCAUAUGAAGAUAUUCGGCGACCUCCUUACUUUGAUCCAAGGAUGUACUCUGAAUUUGAAAGACGGGAUUAUGAAUAUGACAGAAGGGAAGAUGAAAAACCAGUGAAAAACAAAGAAGAUGAGAGACACCUUCAUGUUCAUCCUUCGCCACAUCCUCAUCCACAUGCCCAUUCUCAUUUGAUUGAUCAUGAAUCUGAGAAGCGAGAAGAAAAACCUCUACCUGAUAGUCACUGGAGACGAGAAGAGAAGUCACAACAGGAGCCCCAUUGGCGACGGGAAGAUAAAAAUCAUGUUGAACCUUCUCACUGGCAUAGAGAUAAGAAUUCAGUUGACUCUCAAUGGCGAAGAGAAGAUAAGAGUCCCUCAGAGCCUUCAUCUCAUUGGAGGCAAGAUAAAAACCAUUCUGAUCCUCAUUGGAAUCAGCGUCUCUACUCUUCCACUUACAGAUCUUUCCCUGAUGAUAAAAAAAAGGAUUACAGCUGCCCACCACCUAUUCCAUUACAACAAUCUCAACAGAACAUGCCUCCUAGGAGUGUUUAUACUCCUCUGAAGCGCAGUGCUUCUAGUAUGUCAAGCAGUUCUGGGGCCUCUGAAAGAAAGACUGAUUCUCCUAAAGAAGGCCCUGUUAAUGAGAAACUAGAGGAAACCCGUUUGAAGUCCUCAAGCAAGGAAUCCCUCAAAGAAUCCCAGAAAACACAACCAAAAGAUUUGAAAGUCCCCGAGACUCAGCCUGAAAAAGUAGAUGAUGUAUCUGAGAAGGAAAAUAGGCCAUUGUCUGAAUCUACUAAAACUGAAAAACCACAAAAAGUGGAAAUUGUUGAAGUGCCAAAUGAAAAAGAAGAAAAGGUGAAGGAAGAGAAAAAAGAAACUCGCACGACUACAAAACCUCCCCUGAAACGAAUGAGAGAGGAUGCAUUUAGAAAUCGCUUUGAUAAGGACCGUUCACACAGUGUACCAAAUAGAGGUAGGGAAUUUGUAAGGGGACGUGGUCGUAGUCGGGGUCGAAGUCGUGGCUUCAAUAAUAAUCGAGGGCGAAAUGACUUUCGUACCUAUGACCGCAGACUCCCAACAGACCAUAAAGGAAAAUAUACAACAAAUAAAUGGCAGGAAAAGUUGAAUAUGGAAAGUGAGCAUAGUGAGGGUGAAGUGGAAGUAGAACUGUCGAAGCGAAGGCGGGGGCGUGAUGAAGAGAGUGAUGUGUCUGUUGAUGAAACUAGUGGCACAACGAGUGAAAGUUGCAGUGAACGAACAUCUGAAGUUAGAGAUGUGACUCAUGGCAAGGAGGAGGACAAUGCUGUUGUGGCUGCUGGUAAAGGGAAAGCACUUCAUGAUGAUAACAAAAAGCAUAUUAAAGAUAACAGAGAUGAGAAAGUCAAGACAAAUACUUGGAAAGACAAGAAGGAUGAGAAGAAUAAAGAGAAAGCAGACCGCAGUGAUAGAAAUGAGCAAAAUAAAGAUGAGAUGAAAGGAUACAGAGGGAAAAAUCCAGCUUUUAUUCAAAGAGGCGAGCCAUCACGGCGUGGCAGAGGUGGCCCGUUAAUACGAAGUAGAGGGAGCAGAUUUUAUUCUUCUCCUCCUUCAGCCCGAGGAUUUGGACGUUACAAUGCUGGCGGAAAUGGUAGUGGCAACAAUGCUAAUGUUACUCGAAAUGAAGAACAGGAAAAUAAUCGUAACACUAGUUUUAUUUCUUAUGGUAGGUCUCGCCGUCAUGAACGCGCUCCUCCUCCACCACGAUUUGCCCGCAGAGGAGCCUUCAGUGAACGCAGUCGUGGUAACUUUGAAAGAGGUGGGAGAGGUAGAGGCCGAGGAAGAGGUAGUAGUGUUGCUCCUGCAACAUAUAAUGCCAAAAAACCAACAUUGACUAAACAGAAUUCUUCGGACUUUGCAAAUGAGGAGUGGGAAACAGCAUCAGAAAGCAGUGAUGUACUUGAUAAAAAUAGAGAAGCUAAAAAUGACUCGAAAGAUAAGGAUAAAAAAGAAAAUGUUCCUGUAAAGAAGAGCUUUUCUAACCAACGACCUGGGAAUGACCGCCAAAAUCGCAGAGGGAAUUCAAAUGAUGCACGAAAAUCUCAAAGUAUGGAGCGUGGAAAGAAUUCUGUGAAAGAGAAGUCACCGAAUGCGACAAAAAACGGUUCAGCUCCCACUAGGUCUGGUGGGAGCUCAAAUACUAAAAAUAAGACCAUCAAUGCAAACCGGAAAGAGAACAUUGCUGCGGUGUACCGAGUUGAUUCAAUAGUGCCAAAUGACCCAACUGCUAUCAAUAAUGCAUUUAAUAAUCUCACAAGCAAGUGCAAAUCCCAGAAGAAGUCUGAUUUAUCUGAUGUAUCCAAGCCACUGAAAAGUGAAAAGGAAAAAAAGGAUGCUCUCGCUAAUAUUGACAUAAAUAACUAUGCAGGUGUUGUAGUUAUUGAUGAUCAACCUGAAGUUACCAUUGAUGAUCCCAACUUCCUUUAUGAAAGCAAUGAAGGCUUUCAGGAAGUUAAGACUAAAAAGUCUCUGAAGAGCAAGCAAAAAGCAUUACAAGAGGCUGAACAGCGUAAACAAUGUGAGCAAAAGAAGGAAUUGAAAGUGAUUGCUAAAAAAAGGGGAAUGAAGGGAGUUGGUAAAGCUGGUUACAGCAAGUUGCCUCCUCGUUUGGCUAAGCAGAGAGAACAGAGAGACCGUGAACGAGAGAAGUACUCUACUCUGAUGCCAAAAAUUGAGAACUGGGAUAACAAAUUAGCCAACAACAUUCCUCCUCCUGUAUCUAAGACAGUCACUCCACCUAACGAAGCAGGUUCCAAAAAUUCUGUAAAUGCAAGUGCUGCAGUUCUUCCUUUGGGUUCUACUGCAUUUCAAACACCAGCUGCCAACCAGCAGACCAGCUCUCUACCUGCUGCGACCACUGUGGCGGUUCCACCUGUAAAUGCUUGGAACAAACCUAUCAACAUCUCCAUCACUAAUGCUAUGCACAGUUCCACUGACAUGAGCUAUGACAAAGGAGGAGACCAGCAUGACAGCGGUAUUGAUGUAAGUGAUCCACCAAACUCUACAGCCUCUUCAACUCGAAGUUCUCCAAGUACUGAAAGUAAAGUAAAGGCAGAGCUGCCAGAAGAUAAAGGAAAUAAGGAAAAAAAUGAUACUAGGGUUGACAAAAGUCAGUAUGAAGCUCCAAAACCACAAAGACAACCACGGACUAGUCGUAAUGAAAAAGUAAAUGCUAAGACUGUUAAUAAUGAACGAAAGGACUCAGAGCCCAAAGCUAAUAAGCCAGAAAACAAAGAAAAAAGUCGGAGUGGUACUUGCGUGGAUCGACCAGAAGCUCUUCAACUACCGCCAAGUUUUAAAGAAUCUUUUCUCCGGAAGGGAGAAGAUGCCUCUGAACUUGAUUUUACAUUUGAUGAAACAUUGGCUAAGCUCACAGAAACAAAGAAAGAAAAUAAUUCAAUUACCGAGCCAUCCAAAUCAGUGUCUAUUUCUACUGGAAGUUCCAAAUCACAAAAUUUGGAGUUAAAUACUCCUACAUCACCAGCUACAGAAGACUUGAGCCUUAAAAUUGCAUCAGUUAAAAAUGUGUGGGAGAAAAUGCCGACUGUUUUUGAGCAGAGUAUCAAGAGCAAUGGCCCCCAAUCUUUACUUAAUGUCAAAAAUACAACUUCUUCCGAAAGUAGUGUUGCUGUUGCUGUGCCACAGCAGUUAUCUACAACUCAGCAGCAGCAACAACAGCAGCAGUCUACGCAAGGCACGUAUCCUUCCUAUACAAGUGAUAGGGACUCUUCUAGUUCAACUUCUGUUGCUGCUGCUGCUGCUGCUGCCAGCUCCACUGCAGCUACUUCUACAACUGUUAAUGCUGUGGCACAGUCUGUCUCAUUGGAUGGUGUGGACCACAUGGAACCUGUGAUGGGCAUGGAGGAGACCUCUGUCAACAAUACUGCUCUCGCUCCUUCCCUGCCUCACCAUGGACCAAACCUGGUUUCUAACUCUCAACAAAGUAUGGCUAUGUCUCUAACUGUUACCAGUCAUUUGCCAAGUAAUGUUGGUGAUUCUAAGCCAUCUUUAGUGGAACAGAGUAACGUUUGCAAAGUUAAACCUCAGCAGCUCCAACCACAACCCCAAGAAGUGCCUGGUGUGGCGAACAGCAAUGCAAACCUGAUUCCAAGUUUACCGAUUCCUAGUCCACCCAUUCAAUUGUUACCUAACCAGCUUCCUCCGUAUCAGCUGAAUUCUUCACAGUUGUUGACCCAAGAACCGAGAUUCAGCCAACAAAGUUAUGGAUAUAGCUUAUCUCAGCCGCAAACUCAGAUUGGUCAGGCCAGUCUCACUCAGCCUAAUGUAUUUUUGCCAACUACACUUUCACAGCAUGAUCUAUAUCAAACAUCACAGUUGACAGGCUACCAACCCAGGAACCAACCAUAUGGUCAAACUGCAGGUCAGCAGAACACUGUUAUGGUCUCUUCAGCUACAACUUCACUUAUGUCAACUGCUGUGAAGCCACCAACACAAGAUUAUGGAACAUUGCAGAAAAAUCUUGCUCCUGCCUCUCUUCAAUAUAAUCAAGGACUGGGAGGCUCUUCUUUGCAAUCACCAUUAAUAUUUCCAUAUCCAAAUCAACUCUUUGGCACUAACCCUAUACUGGGACCCACACAAACUGCUCAAAAUGCCAGUAACUCUCAGAUUUUGGGUUCUCCUCUAGUUCAGCCAAGAGCUGCAAUGCAAAAUGUACAAGCAAUGCAAGCUACCUCUUCUUUUUAUCAACAACCACAGCAAACUUUGCAACAAACAGGAUUUUUCCAAGCACAGCAGACAUCUACAGGUUUACAGGGUGCCCUUCAACAAGUUGCUGCAGCUGCAGCAGGUGCACCAGCUUUCUUCGGAAACCAGCCUGGAUUAAACCUUUCCCUACAGGCACCAACACAUUCUCAACCAUUGGGACUAGCUCCGCAACAAGCUUCAAAGGCUUCCCAGUAUAACCCAUCUCAACAGCUUUCUCCACAGAAUACACCUAUGAAAUCCCCUCCCCACAGUCUUGCAGCUUCCAAUAUGAAUUCUGUGCAGAGUCCAAAUGCUAAGUUAUUUAGUAGUCAACCCAACCGCCAAGCAUCUCAGAGAUAUUCCAAUGUUCAGCAGCAGUUUGGUCAUAAGUUUAAUCCUCAAUAUGUUGGCCAACCUGUACAGCCUGGAGUUGUUCGUCAAAUGGUUGUUGGUAAUAUGAUCCGGCCCAAUAAUCCUCAUCCAAGAGCCAGCUAUUCUUCUCCUAUCCAGAGACCGCCUAAUGUUCAAAUGCAACAGUUAACUGCAGUUCAAUCUCCACCUCCUGUACAGCAAGCACCUCAACUUUAUUCUGGACAACGCUCUGGUCGCAACUUUAAGGCUCAGCAGGCUCGGGAACGAAGUGAAGUUUUGAAACAUGCCCAGAAUUUUUUAAAUCCACAAAAGAAGCCAACAAUGAAGCAGGUCCAAUCUUCAGAUGCCAAAAGAGAUGUAAUCAGUAAUCCCCAGUGUGCUGCUGCUGGUGGUGGUGGAAGUGGUGGUGGUGGUACAGCAAAAGACACAAAAUCUGAAAAGGCCAAUUUAGAUAAAAAGUAAUCCCGUUGCUGUGCUAUGAAUCUGUUCACAUUGUCUCUAGAACAAAUCUUCAUGUAAAGUAUUAUGAUUUUGGCCUCUGGGAGUACAAUUGAAGAUGAUUGCAUUUCUUUGAUUGUUAAGUAUAGAACACAAUAACAAGUAUGGGUGUCAGCAUUAGAUUAAAAUAAUUACAUUUUUAAUUGUUAGUGUGGCAGCAGACUCCCUGAGGGUUGUUGGUGCUGAAAUAUUUCAUCACUCCUCUUACAGAUUAAGAAUUGUUUCACUUGUACUGUUUUAAAGUUACUGUUGGGAUAUGUUCUCAUAUCCUGGUGCUUUCUAUUCUCAACCAACUUUGAAUAGUUGUUAUUUGAAGUACUUUCCCUGCUGAACAUUAUGUGCUUCUACAUAUCCUUAUAGGGUGCUUUUUUUCUCUGCAGUUUAAGUUUCAUCAGUAUUUGCAUUAGAAAUCACUACAAUGUUUUUCAGCUGAAGUACACUGCUAGUUCUGUUGCAAUACAGAAGCUACAGCUGAGAUAAUGUAGGAAAUCUCUUGGAUCUUCAAGGGUUGAUUUAUUUUUUUUUGUAGUGGGUUAGCAUUUUUUUUUUUACUGGCAGUUUCUUGUACAAAUAUAAUAAAAGUUAUAAAAAUUGGAUUAACUAGAUAAAAGGAUUUCAAAUAUCUAGGUAAUCCAAAAGUUAUUCAAAACUUUUUUAAAUAAAUUUAUUUAUUCAUUAUCUUUCUAAAAAUAUUUAUUAACAUUUUUUUCUUUAAUUUGAAUGUGACUUAUGAUUAAAAUUUUAAGAUGUUGGGAUUGUUAUAAAACACAUUUUCACCUACUCCUUGACCCACCUUUUGUUCCUUAAAAAUGUCUUUGUAUAUUUGUUAGUGAGUGUUUGUGUGUGCAUGUAAAGAUAUAUACACACUCCAACACACCAUACCUUUUAUGUGCAGUCUUCAUCUGCUAUUCCCCCUCCUUGCAACAUUAUCUCUUAUUAGGUAGAGAUAAGGUGCUGGUCACAUAAUACCUAGAUUAUGACUACCUGAGCUGGACUCAGUAUGGUUUCCUCCAUCUGAGGUUGGCUAUUUUGAUACCACAAUAUUACUAUAUAGGGCCCGUCUUGCUGGUUAUUUAUAGUUGUUGUAUGAAGAACAAACACUGUCUUCAUGGUGGUCACUAAAUCAAUUUCAGUGACUGAUUUGUUAAUCAUCUGGAGAGAGAGUGUGUAUGUGUGUGCGUGUGUGGAUUUGGAGAGUGAGCACUACUCAUUACAAUUGUAUAAAAACUAAGUUAACUUGGAAGUAUGUAUAUGUGUCAUGCAUGUAUACACAAACACUAAUGGUUAAUAAAACUGGUAAAACUUUGAAUGAAACAAAAACAUAAUAAAGUUGAAGGCAAGUUUUCUAGUUUACUGCAUAACAUUUAAUGCUGGAACAAAGAAAAUUUAAGGGCUUGGAGAAUAUUUGAUUAGGAAUAUCCAAGCACAAAUGUGAAUUGGGUGAUAAGUCCAUUUGUGUUGGUCCCAAUAAUUGAUUUGCUGAGAUUAAUCAGUUUGUGUGUAGAUCGAAAAUCAAAUGAGGAUAUGGAAGAAAUGUUCAGGAAAUAAAGAGGAAAAAAUAAAGAAAAAAAAUAUUAAAAAAAAUAUCAGGAAAAAAAAAAAAGACAAACAUCUCGAAAGAAUAAAUACUUUUGAAGUGUUC